AUGCACCCCAGAUCGAAGCAUUGGCACCUUAUCGAUUACGCUAUCGUGCGUCAAAAAGACAUCUCUCAAGUCCUAGUCACUCGUGUCAUACGUGGUGCUCACUGUUGGACUGAUCACAGGCUUGUUGUUAUUAAAUUAAAUCUUCGUCUUCCACGUCCUUGUAGAUCUGAAAGAUCUAAACAGAUACGUCUAAACCUUGAACGACUCCAAGAUACUAACACGAGGGCUAAAUAUGCCGAAACCUUGAGCACUGCUCUGCAGCCCCUCGACCCAAAAUCAGGUGAGAUCAAUACUAUCUGGGAGUCUCUAUCUUCUCAUGUUCUCGACACUGCUAAAUCUACUUUAGGUUUGAGAGCUCGAAAACAUGAGGACUGGUUUGAUGAUAAUGAUGGGGUACUUACGGUACUUACGGAAAGAUAA